GUUAAAAUUAACAUGUCUACACACCUUGUAGGACUAAGAAAAUUGAAGAAAGGCACAGUACCAAGUAUAUUUCCAUGGACUAAGAGUGCACCAAGCCGUAAACCACCCAAGAAGAGGGAAGGACCUCCUCAAGAAGAAACAUCAAUUAUUAAGAAGCAGAAAACAUCAUCGUCAAUUUCGUUAGACACAGACCAACAUUCAUCAUCAACUGCAACAUGUGCCAUUGACACUUCAACAGAUAUGCCAUCUGAAGAGCAUGACUAUUGUCGCCAAGCACCAUCUCUUGAAGAAGAUCUUGAGGCCAUGAAGAUACACAUUUCUAAACUAGAAGAAAAGGUACAGCUCCUUGAGAAGAAAGUAGAGAAGUUCGGAAUUGAAAGAUUUUCCAAAGAUCCAAAUUUGAUAAAUUUUUACACUGGUUUUUCUACUUAUGAUAUUUUUUGUGCUGUAUAUAAUGUUGUUGAGCCAACAGCCUCAAAUAUGAUCAGGUGGUCACAAGUUCAGAGAAAUAAGAACAUUGUUUGUAAUCCUUUUAGAGAAGAGUCUUUGUCAAUUGUAGAUCAAUUUUUUAUGUUUUUAUGUAGAAUUAGACAAGGUUUUUUUGAAGAAGAUUUAGCACAACGUUUUUGUGUGUCUCAAAGCACUGUUAGUCGUAUUAUUAUUACUUGGAGUAAUUACUUGUAUUGUAUUUUGGGAUGUUUACCCAUAUGGCCAGAUUUAGAUAUUGUUAAACAGAAUAUGCCAGAAUGUUUUAAGACUACUUUUCCCAAUACACGAGUUAUUUUGGAUUGUACAGAAAUACGUGUGCAGACUCCAAGUGCCAAAGUACUUAACUCUCAGUCAUAUUCAAAUUACAAGUCUCAUACUACCUUUAAAGGCUUGAUUGGUAUAACCCCUCAUGGUGCUGUAUGUUUUGUUAGCAGAUUAUUUACUGGCAAUAUUUCUGAUAAAGAUGUAACACAAAGAAGUGGUAUACUUGAUCUGUUAGAACAAGGUGAUGAUGUGAUGGUCGACAAAGGUUUUCUAAUCCAAGAUUUACUUGACAGUGUUGGUGCACACUUGAUUAUUCCACCUUUUUUAGGAAAUAAAGUUAAAUUUAGUAAGGAUGAGGUAACUAAAACUCAGCAAAUAGCAAGACUAAGAAUUCAUGUAGAAAGAGCUAUCAGAAGGUGUAAAGAGUACCAUAUUUUUGAUAAUGUUCUGCCAUUGUCUGUUGCUGGGACUGUAAACCAGAUUUGGUCUGUGUGUUGUUUAUUAAAAAAUUUUAAAGAAAAGUUAUUUUGACAGUUAUAUUUUCAAUUGUUUGAUACUGUUUAUGUGUGUGGCAUGUAAAUGAACAUCAUCUGCAUAUUUGAUAUACCAGACAUGUACAAGUGAGAAGGUACACAUACCUGUAUAUAUUCAAAACAGAAAUAUGGCUU